CUGAAAGCACAUUUUUUUGUCUUCAACGUCCCGGUGUAGUACCGUAGAACAAUACAUUUUGAUCACAGUCAGUCCAAUACUUGAAAUUACAAUAAACACCAGCGCAUCGCAGAUCAAAUGAAGGCGCAACAAAAUGCUGCAUGUGGAAAAUGUCAUUUCAACGGAGACACAAGAUGGAAGAGAGCGACUGACACCGAAACACUAUGAUCUGCCGCAAAAUAUAUGUAUCCCAUUGUAUCCCAUUGUAUCCCAUUGUAUCCCAUUAGGUCGAGCCUAGAGCUUUCGAGCCACUUAGAUGCCAACAUGAACUUCAACACCGCCAUUACCAAUACACCAAUACCUACGCCAAAGUUGUCCAUGCAUGACCAGUUCAUUCCUUCCAAACCGGCGGUAUCGGUUGUAGUUCCUCCGUUUCAGUCGUACCUGCAACGGGCCGGAGAGGGGGACCAAGAGGCGAUGGAGCACCUCAUCGAGCUGCACACGUCCGGGAGGGGUGGCGCCAAGCAGGACAUUGUCGAGCUCUGUCGUUGGAUGCAUUGCUACCUUCAGGUCGACCGCUUGACCGGGAGGCGCCCGAGAAAUCCCAUUUCCACCCGGUGCUAUCUGUACGCCUACGGGAAGUUCCUCCUCGGCUCUACCACCAACAGCAGCUUCCCUGACUCGCAGCGGAGGCUCCCCCCCUCCCUGAUAGAUCCAAGAAAGGGAUCCCUGCUCCUGGAGCGGGCUGCCCACGAGUUCAACUGCGAGCGAUCCAUCAAGAUCCUUGGGAGCGAGCUGCACAUGACAGGCCUGUACCACCCGGAGGUCCCCCAGAACUUCGAGAAGGGCCUGUACUGGCUGGCAAGGGGCGUGCGCAACGGGAACGGAAAAGCGGCUUUCGAUCUGGCCAUGGCCUUCAACAUGGGUGUGAUCGCUCCUACAAACCGGGAGGUUGAGAAGAAGUGGUUCGAGAUCGGUGCCCGGCUGGGCUGCACCGAGGCGAGGGACGGGUUGGCCCAGCUCCGCAAGGCGCCGGUGCGGACCCAAUCAGAGGCCCGGAAGCUGCUCCGGCACCUCGGCAAGGAAAAGAACAUCACGAACUACCUCACGACGGAUCGCACAACGAGGUGUUCCAACCCGGGCUGCGACAUGGUCGAACAGGAAGGCGAGCGAUUCUCGCUCUGCGAGAGCUGCAAGCAGGUCAAGUACUGUAGCCGCGAGUGCCAGUCCGCCCAUUGGAGGGAGGGGGGGCACAAGAAGCGCUGUUCGGUGCUCAAGUACGGAAAGGAGCAGAUGAAGGAAGCGAACCGCAAUAUCGCUCUUCCCUUUGCCAACAUCUGCUUCAACCCGGCCUGCGCCAAGCCCCAGCCAAAAGGGGUGGUCUUCUCGAUCUGCGGAAGUUGCAAGGUGGCCAGGUACUGCUCUAGGUCCUGCCAGGUGAUCCAUUACAAGAACGGCCACAAGGGCCCCUGCAGUACCAUCUGCACCUACAUAAAGGAGGGGGACAAAAUCCUGGGGGAGCUGGCGGAUACGUGACGGAACGCAACGAAGAAACAACAAACUACUGGUGUACCUCCUCGGUAUUAUUCUUAAACAGCCAAGGAAGACGAUGAUUCGGGUCGAGUGCUACAACACUAAGACCAGCUAGAUAAUCCAUGAAACAUCAAAGAAUAUACUUCUACUUCACCGCAUUAAGAUGUACGAGCACUACUUGAACUUAAUACAGUAGUCGAUAUGAAUGAACCGCUUCCCAACUUCGCCUCGGUUCCCCAAAUCAAAGUUCACAGUUUUUCAGGAGUUGAAAUCUCUUCUACACUAUCCCAGAACAAAUCCCACUCAGAAAAAAUAGUCGUAAGUGUUCUUAGGAACGUUAUGUGCAGUUGGGAACAUAAAAAAACAUUCUUCGAGUUUUUCAGUAGUUGAAAACUCUUCUACCUAUCCCAGAACAAAUCCCACUCAGAAAAAAUAAUCGUAAGUAUUCUUGGGAACGUUAUGUGCAGUUGGGAACAUAAAAACAUUCUUUGUUU